CGGGACCUGACGUCAGCGGUCAGUCGCAUGGCUGUGAUUGGCUGUUCCCACUGCGUUAUAGCGCUUUUGUCAGUACCGCACAGCUGUGGAAGUUGCUAGAUUUUAUAGAACCUGUUUGAUAAACGUGACUGGUUACAUAACGCGCACGUGAAGUACUUUGUCCAACUGCUCGCUGCAGCAGCUGAGCGUCGGAAGUAGAGACGGUGUAUUCAGCUUCAGCCGACGUCCGCUGGAACCGACGACAACGCAACCACUGCACCCACACAACCGAGCCUUUGUGUCCCGACGACGUCGAGCUGACGGCGGAUACAGUUUUCACACAGGAAGGAAGGCAGAUUGGGGCUAAACGCUGACCCCGACAAUGGCGGCUGUGGAUUUCCCGUGGAACCCAGUCAGGGACUCGCUUUACUGGGAUGAAACAGAGUGCCAUAACUACUAUGGGAUGUUGUCCCUCCAUGAGAUUUUUGACGUAGUCGGCUCUCAGCUGACGGAGACCGACAUUAAGGUGCUGUCAUUUCUUCUGGAUGAAUGCCUUCCUGCACCACACCCUCUUGAUCCAGCAGGCUGGACAGUUGAGCCGCAGGAAGGUGAACCGGACGACUGUGGAGUGUGUCCCAGUCCUGCUCUGCUGAAGACCUGGAGGCGUUUGAAGCCUCAAGGCUCCCAGCUGCCCUUUGUGCUCUCAAAUAAACCCAAGAGUGGACUUGAGCUGUUGCUGGAGUUGGAGAGACGAGGGUACCUGGGUGAUGGCAACCUGGAGCCCCUGUUGCAACUACUGAGAAUCCUCACACGCCACGAUCUACUGCCUUUAGUGUCUCACAAGAAAAGGAGGGCAGUAUCUCCAGAGAGAUUUGGACGUCGAUAUGAAGUAGACGACCGAGAGCUGCAGUGCAGUUCUGCAAUGCAACACUCCUGUAGACAAACAGAAAUACCUCUGGCAUCCUUCACACAAGAGUUGAGAACUGGUAUUUACCCUCCUAUGCCUAUGCCAUCCACAAGGAGGAGAAGGAAGAAGAGGGGGAAUGGCUGGAGUCGUAGGUCCAAAAAACACAGCCAACAGGCCCAGUCACAGUCUUCACCACCACCACUACCACCACACAAAGUUUCCUGUGAUAUCCGUCUGCGUGUCCGGGCUGAAUACCUUGAGCAUGAGUCGGCGCUGCGUAGCGGCGUCUCCUCAAACAAGCGGCAGCCCCUGGAGAGACAGUUUGAGCUCUUCACCCAAGCCAACUCACUACUGCGAGCCAGGGACCUGGGGUCCAUCGUCUGUGGCAUCAAGUUCACGGAACUGGACAAUCUUGAGGCCUUCUGGGGCGACUACCUGAGUGGAGCUCUGCUAGAGGCCCUGAAGGGAGUCUUCAUCACUGACUCGUUGAGGACCGCAGCAGGCUCUGAGGGCGUCCGCCUGCUUAUCAGUGUGGACCAGGAUGAUUAUGAGGAGGGCCAAAGAAUACUGAGAGGCGAAAGAAGCAGUGGCAGGUGCACAGAGACUAACUGGGCUGUAUAGGCUUAUUUUACCACUAGGCAUUGAAGGGUGUGGUAAUGUAAACAAUAGAAACCUUUUUCUUUUGUCGUUGUAGUCCAUAUAAUUACCACUAGAUGGCAGGACUUACCAUUGGUUCUUUGUGUUUAUAACUUGCCUUACUUUUUUGUUAAACUAUUAUGUAAAGAAAAAAAUCUCAAUAAUGUAUGUGCUUUCCUUUUGACUUCAUGCACAGGAGCGACUUUGACAGCAUCAUACAGGAUACAUUUUUUGAGGAUUUUUCUACCUAGAGUAGGAGUCGCCUAUGCCACUAGUCGAGUGGUAAGCUUUUCAAAAUGCCUUGGACAAAUAGUACUGACUUAAUACAGCUACGCUGCCACACUGAGGCCACCAGUCAAAGUAUAGUAUUUCUGAAAUUCAACAGUGUAGAGAUUGUGGAACCUGUAAAGUUUCUUUGUAACUGUAAACCGUAUAGAAUGAAGAGCAGCACUCUUCAGAUUGACCUUUGGUCUAACUUUGGAAAGCCUAGUCCACACUUAGACACACAGAUAACAAACACUAGCCUUCCUGGCCCUGUGUAUCGUGAUAAACCAACUUUUGAUUGCCCCGGUCAGUGGAUACGGUAGUUGCCAGCAGAUGACAGCAAUGAUUAGGACUAGGCCUCAGCAGACCAUGGAAGAUUCAUCAUCACAAGCUUGUCAACAGCGGCACGGAUAAUGCGAUGGUGGCUUGUGUCUGGGCUUCCAGCUAGGCCCCAGCAAGUGCUCCUCUCAGCAAGUAAAGCACAGGACACUGCGUCGGUCAAUAGAAGUGAUGUUGGGGAGAUCAAAAUCAAAAGUGCACAUCCCAGCUCCACUCAGCCCUGGUAUGUAGGCCCAGUAGAGUGGCUCAUGGACAGCGGACGACUCGCCCUGCUGGAACUAAUGCCUGGACUUCACUUAUAGAAGACGAUCAAUAAGGCCCCUCACUCUUAAGUCCCUUCAUACUGCCGCGACUUAAGCAGGCAGACUUUCUACUGUCUGAAAUACAGGGUUGUGCAGAGGGUGAGGGAGCAGUAAUGGACACAUUUUUAUGUUGCGUUUUGGUAAAAUCAUUUGUUAAUGUUUGUAUUGUUAAUUACAGAAAAAGUAAUUUUUUGUUAGUAAGAUAUGAUUUUGGCUGUCUUGGGGAAUUGUUUAUAAUAAAAAAGAUAUAUUGAAAUGGUGAAUAAAAGUUUAGUGACUUAUUGUUAAA